CAAAAUGUCAGUUGUUUGACAUGCGCUAAUGAAAUGUAAGAAAAAACUAUAAAAGAAAUUUCGAUUUCAUAUACAUAUUUAAUUUAUUCUGCUCAAAAUAAAAAUCUCUUUGCGAAAAAUAUUCAAGAAAGCAUGUCGCAUGCUAAUACUGAAACAAUUAAAGAAUUCUACACAAAUGAUGUAGUUUAUAGACAUGAUAAGCAUAAGAAAAUACUUUUUGGAGUUGUAGUAGAUAGUUAUGAAGCUUCUUCUGAUGUAGAUGAACGCCAUUCGUUACAAAAGGGACAAAUUAGAGUAUUGUGGAAUAAUAAUUCUAGGCAACGGGUAUGGAGACAGAGCAAGGUAGGGUUAAUAAACAGAAGUAUCAUACCUGGUGAUAUAGUCAGAAGAUUUGAAAAGGGGAAAGAAACUCAAAGGGGGUACUGCAAGGAAACCAAGCAAGUAGCUACUGUUCAAAUAGUUGGUACUGAUAGGGUUAUUGAACGUGUCACUACUGAAAGGUUACACAGUGUUAGACCCUAUGAUGUUGAUGAUGCUGUCUGCUUGGGUAGUAAAUUUGGAAGAAUUGAAACUGUGGACCAAAUGGUUUCGAUGCAAUCAAAAUGUGGCUCUAUAGUAAAUGUUUUAACAAGUAUUAAUCAUGAUUUAGAUGAUUAUUGGUUGUCAAAAAGGAACAGGAUAUCGUUUGAUGCCUAUUAUCCUGGGCAGGAAUUAAUAUGCGUAGCAAGUAACUUUGAACAACCCCAUUGGAUCAAGAAAUCCAAAACCAUGAAAAGAAACAUUCAAUCUCGCCAAAGAUUUACAGUACAAAACGUUGAAGAUGUAUUAAUAGAAAUAGCUUGGUAUAACAACACUUCUGGAUACUCACAUAUAUCAGAAAUAAGCCAAGAUGAUAUAAAAAAGCUGAAAGUUCUUGAACAUCCUAGUGAUACAUUUUUGGAGCUAGCAGAUCGUAGGUUAUUAAAAUUAUCCACUAGUGAUGUCCUUUUAAAGAAAAAAGAUUGGACAAAAAAAUUAACCUUGAUGUAUAGACCCGAAGUAGUACCAAAAGUAAGGCACAUUGUUAGCUGCACUUCAAAAACUCCUAGAAUAAGUAGGCUUAGGUCGUCAUCGUUGGUUUACGCUCAAAAUGAAGAAGUGAAUUUUAAUUCAGAGGAGGAUGAGUGGUGGACAGAAGAAUCGGAUGAAUCUGAUAAUGAUGGUACCACUUCUUCUCGUAUCAAUAAUUCAACUAAAAACAAUAAAAGGCAUUUCCCACCUAAAUCUCAGGAUCUGGUACCUGGCAACACAUUAGCUGUAGAGGUAAUAUGCGUAGAAUCUAAAGUAAACGUAGUAUGGCAAGACGGUUCUGAAGAAAAAGAUAUACCAUCUACCCAACUGUAUUAUUCGAUAUCUUUAGAUGAUCACGAAUUUUUUCCCGGAGAAUGGGUCAUUAAUGACAGCAAGCCAGAAACGGACAGUUACGGCGUCGUCCAAAGUGUCAAUUAUUUGGAAAGAACUGCCAGUAUUAAAUGGUUUACUUACUCUGAAACUCAGAAAAAACCUACAGAAUUAGCAAUAAAUGAAAUGAGUGUUUACGAUUUGAAGAAACAUUCGAAAUUUGUGUUCCGUCCUCGUAGUAUAGUUAAAUCAAAAGCUGUUGAAGAAGAGAAAACGGGAAAAGUGAUAGACAGUUGCAUAGAGGGAUAUGUAAAAGUGCAAUGGCUGGACGGUACUGAAGAGAACUGUUGGCCUCAAGAUAUCGAAUUCAUUCCAGAAACGGCCGAUUACGAUUUUUCGGACGAAGACUCUUCGGACGACGACGCCGGAGAUUGCGUAUCUUGGGAAACGGAAAGCAUAGAAUCGUACGCGGGUGAUAUGACGGACGAAACUGUAUUACAACCUUUGGCGGCGAGGUUGGACUUUAUCCGCAGUAGGAUUAUCUAUUUGAAAGACGCCUUUAGACAACACACGCACAUUGUGGACCCUUACAAGGAAACUGUUAUAUUCGUUAAAGAUCUUCUGUUAAUAUAUGAAAACUCGAGCUACUUAGACAAGCUUCUCGGCACGUCGUUCUUUAGUCUACAGAGUAAACAUUUUCAAGUUUUGUUACUUCGUGCGAAGCAAAAAUUGAAAACUCUCGGCGUCGAAGUGAAAGGAAGGCUCUUUUCCGAAGACAAUAUUAGUCCGUCCAUAUCGAAAAUUAAGAUCGCCGAAAAGGAAAAUAUCAACAAAAUGAUCAAGUUGGAAAACAAAAUGAAUGCACAAAUCGUCGAAAAAAAGGAAGGAAGAGAGUCCACCGCACCAGCAACCCCGCUAACUCCCGAUAGCCCAGAUAAUUCCUGCUCAUCCCAGGACAAUCUCUGCAUUGAACUUCUUUCUAUGUUGAAAGUUCGCAUGGAUUUGGCGUACGCGGAAAUAAUCAGUCGAAUAGGAGGUAGCCAAGCUUUUACGGUUGUAACGAAAGCUUCAGAUAAGAUACCUACACCUUGUAGUUCGACGCCAUUACCGAGCGUUCCCACAACACCGGAGGACUCAUUUUUAUCGACGAGUCCUUUGAAAUUGAACUUGAUGGGCAAAGGUCAGGACGAAAACGAACCUUUUAUGAUUGUAGAGGAUGCUCCUCCUACACAUCAUUAUUAUGCUAGUCAACUUGAAUUUACUGAUUUUCAAAGGUUUGUAAAAGCAGUUGAAAAAGAAUAUAGAAGUCUUAAAGAUUCGCUACCUCCUGGCGUUUGGGUUAGAUGUUACGCCGAUCGCCUCGAUCUUUUAUCGGUCAUGAUUAAAGGUCCGGCCAAGACUCCAUAUGAAGAUGGCCUAUUUCUUUUUGAUAUACAAUUUAGUAACGAUUAUCCCAGGUCUCCACCUUUAGUCCACUAUAUAAGCUACAGCUCGGAACGACUAAAUCCUAAUUUAUACGUAGAGGGUAAAGUUUGCGUAUCGUUGCUAGGUACCUGGAUGGGUAGGGGUACGGAAGUUUGGGGGCCAAACAGUACCCUGUUACAGCUCAUAGUGUCUAUUCAGGGGUUAAUUCUAGUUUCGGAGCCUUAUUACAACGAAGCUGGAUACGACAAGCAAACGGAUACGCAACAAGGUUACGAAAACUCCCGGACCUAUAACGAACUUGUGAUCCUUAAACUAAUCCAAUCGAUGAAGGAGAUGCUUCGUUCGCCGCCUGAUAUGUUCAAGAGCGAAAUCCACACACAUUUCGCCGAAAACGGACGCAACUUGUGCCGCAGGCUUCGCAGCUACUGCCAGGAUUCCGAACCGAUCCCGCCGGAAUUUCCGCUGUUGCCCGUGAGCAAAGGAUUGAAGCUGUCACUUACAGCGUCGUUGACGGCUUUCGAAGAUGUAUUAAUUAAAAUUGGUGAUAAGAGUGAAGUUGCAAAUGCAAACGAAGAGGCCGAGAAUGUAAUUCAGAAGCAAGAAAUUGGAGAUCAAGCAUGAGUUUUGUUAUUAAUGUUUUUGAAAUAUUCCUGAACCGAUGUGAAAUUGCUUGUCCCAAUCCUGAUACAAGAGAAAAUGAGAAAAAAAAAACGAGUCGACAGGACGAUAUUUUUACAGUAAUUUUGGUGAUUUAAAAAUUAUUGUAAUCGGACUUGUAAUUCCAUUUAACUGUUAAGUUGUAUUUUUUUAAACAUUGGGUAGGGGAAAGGUAUAUAAAAGUUUAUUAAUAUUGUUUGUAAUUUUCUCUGAUUUGGAAACAAACCUAAGCUUCAACAAUCAUAUACAAAUACAAUAUUAUUAGAUAAAUAAUAAUAAAGAUGAA